AUGACCCAACAAAAUGUACUGGCAAAACCAACCAAAACUGCCUCGGGAGAAACAAAAAGCCAACAGAGAAAGAGUCUUGCGCCUUCAAUACUUUCACGACCUCAAAAGAUCGCAACCAUCGUCCUGAUCUGCCAGGCUAUUUUUCCAUUGCUGAUCGCCGGACUGUCUGACGAGCACGGGCGCCGUCCUGUGUUGAUCGUGAGUCUGAUUGUGUGCAUCGCCAUCAACAUUGGACUAGCGCGACAAAUCACUUUUGCCGGAUUUAUGGUCCUACGCUGCCUGCAAAGCUGUGGUGCCAGCGGUGUAUCUGUUGUCGCAGUGGCCACGGUCAACGACAUCAUUCGCCCUGUGGAGCGUACAGAAUAUCGAAUCUUCACCUCGGUGGCCUACUCACUUGCCCCUAUCACCUGCCCCAUUUUUGGCGGUCUAUUGGCACAAUACUUCGGUUGGCCAGGUAUUUUCUAUUUUCAAGGUGUCCUCGCUGCCUUGCUCCUUGUGCUUGUUAUCUUCUUUCACCACGAAACCUGUCGUGCGCAAGUAGGGGAUGGCAGUGUUCCUCCGAAGAUAUGGAACCGUCCUAUAAUGAAUAUUCUACGUCUACUGCCUAGUACCAACCCAAAUUUUGAAACCCAGUUCCUACCAAAGCGGCGGUUGACACCGUUUCAAACAAUCAAGCUUGCGUUUAGAAGACCAGCGCUUUUACUGAUUCUCUUCCAAGCAAUCCUUUUCGGAGGUUCCAUUGCAAUUAUUAUCACGAUCCCUGCCCUCUUCGUGAGAAGGUUUCAUUUCAACGUUAUUGAGCUUGGCGCCACACAUCUCGCCUAUGCUUUGGGGGGCUUUACGUCACGGUGGAUUUUUGUCCCACUCUCUGACGCCAAUAUCGAACGGCACAAACGGUUAGCUGGAGUGAACGAGGAGUCGGAACAAUCUUCGAACAAGUCAUUUGAUCGAGCCCGAUUGCAAGUGAUUAUUCCCACUGUCUACCUGGGUUGCGCCUUAGUCGUGGGUUACGGUUGGAUAAUGCAUUAUGAAGUUCAUGUCUCCGGGCCGAUCGUGAUCCUGUUUUUCUUGGGAAAUGCCCUUAUUGGCGGGGCUUCUUUGCUGACAGGGCUGAUGCUGCACCUACACCCCCAACAGCCGGCGAGUGCCCUGGCCGCCAUGAACUCGUUUCGUUUUCUCUGCGCUGCAGGAACAGCGGCUGCAGCCAACUCAAUAAUCAAAGCAGUAGGAACAGGUUGGAUGGGAACGAUUAUCGCACUGGGAUAUUUCGGGGCAUCCGGUUUGUUGUGGGUUAUGUACGUUUGUGGACAUUGA